AAUACAAAAAAGGAAAAUUUCUUGUGAGAAACAGAGAUUUUGGGGAUUUUUUUUCUCUCUCUCUCUCGAAUUUGGGGGUUUCUUCUCGAUUGCAUGAAUCGAUGGGCUUGGGGGAAUCUGAGGCAUCGGUGGACAGCGGAUCGGCGAUCGCCUGCUCGAUCUGCCUCGAGAUCGUCGCCAUCGGCCCCGAUCGGUCGACGGCGAUUCUCCAGUGCGGUCACGAGUUCCAUCUCGAUUGCAUUGGAUCAGCUUUCAAUGCUAAAGGAGUAAUGCAAUGCCCAAAUUGUCGCAAAGUUGAGAAAGGCAAUUGGCUUUAUGCUAAUGGUUCUCGUUCACUGCCAGAGCUUGGCUUUGAUGAGUUGACCCAUGAUGAAGAUCUCUAUGACCUCAGUUACCUGGAAAUGACUUUCGGAGCUCAUUGGUGUCCAUUCAGCAGAUCAGCCAGACUGCCGUCAUCAUUUGAGGAAGGGGAACCCUCUCCAGCAUUUGCUCUUCAAGAUCUAAUAGGAUAUCAUGCCAUGUUUACUGGGAACCUAGCUCCUUCAUUGGCAGAUAAUGCAUCUUCAUACUUGGCUUACUUCCAGCCACUUCAACCUUCAGCUUCCUCAAACCCUCGUGUUUCUUCUGAGAGCCCUAGUGAUCAUUGGAAUCAUGCCUCUGCAACUCCAGAGGUUCAGACUCAUGGUUGGGAACACCAUCAUCCUACACCAAAUUCCCGGCAUAGAAGUCAUACUAGUGGUUCCAAUGAAGAUGCUUUUUCAUCUAUGACUGUCCCAGGAAUGAGGGUUGAUUCUGAUGGUCUAGCCAGGAGUGGGUCUUUCUUCCAUCCCUUUAUUUUUGGGCAUGGAUCCAGUUCUAGACUCGCGGGCUCGUUCGUUUCUUCACUGAUUCCACCAUACAUCACCAACCCUCGACCUCAUGCCCACACUCGAGGCGAUCGUUACCAACACCACAAUCCUCAAGCACUCCACACUACACUCUUCUCCGGCUCCACGAAUGGAAACUUGCCUCCACCUCCAGCUCCAGUGGGACCCACUCCCCCCUCGCUCCCCGACCAAAGGACCUACUACCUCUUCCCACCAUCGGCGCCUUCAUCCAGCCGGGCCCACCACCAAGACCUCGAAACACUAGGCGGAGACCAUUUCUAUUCAUGGGAGAGGGACCAGUUCGCUCCUUUUCCAUUAGUACCCGUGCCAGAUUACCGGGUCGGGCUACGGCACCGAAACGGGUCGGAUAGGCCUUCAGCUCCGGGAAGGACACCCCAUGUAGGGAGAACGAGGCCUUAUCUUUGAACUAUUUGUUGCUUGUUUGUAAAAUCGAAUGGGAGUUUGUAUAAAUGCUAGGUUCCCUGAUGAUAUUACUUAUACUGGGAUAAUCUUUUGACGGUGAUCUGGCUGGAAACGGAUUUUGAGUUUGGUAUGUUUUGGUGCGAAUGAGGCAUUUGAAAUAAAUAUUUUGUUGGUUUUGACAGAAA